AUGACCGCCGGCCAGACUGCAGGGGAGCCUGCAGCUGCAGAAACACCACCUGCUCCGUCCUCUUUACCUCAUAGGCAAUCUUGUGAUAGGUGUCACAAGCAAAAGCUGCGGUGUAUCCGUGAACCCAACACAGGGGUAUGCGAUAGAUGCCUGCGAAAACGGGCCCAGUGCGUUUACAGCUUCAGCUUGCCCAAAGGUCGCCCCACCAUGUAUCGUUCAGGUGGGGCCAGUGGUACGGUGCGCUCAGGCACGACAAGUGCACCUUUGAACAGUCGCCCAACGAGUCCGCCAGUAGAGCCAGCAAAACCUACUUUCAAAACUGAAGCCUCAGGAGCCGUCGACGAGACCAAUGCAACAAAAGAUGCAACUCAAGCCACCAAUCCAGCCACAAACGAGAACCCUGUCUUGACCGGUGUCAUGAAUAGUGCCCCACGAUUGGAAAAUUUGAAUUGGGAUGAUAUGCAGCUGGACGGAGAGUGGAACAGUCAAGACCCUGUCCAGGUCGACAAAUUAUUGACAUCUCUUGGCGCCUUUUGCAACGACGGGAGCGCACCGGAUGCGCACACCCAAUCUUCGCCAGACCAACUUCACUUUCAAAUAAAUACCUCCAAUUUCCAACCCUAUGAGCAUGGCCUGCCUGCCGGUGGCCUUUUCCAACACCAUGAUGUUGGCAGAGGCGAGAUAGACGGAGGUAUGGGCGACGGCACAAUGAACACGGGCCUGGAAAAGCCAAUUCACAUUCCCAGUAUUGCUGUGACACAACUCUCUCAGCUCAGCAUGGACCUUGCCUUAUUGCGCUACACAAGCUACAACAUGGCCAAAGCAGCAGAAUCACCCUCGUGUCACAUGCCAAAUGAUAGAAGAAUCCCAUUGAUUGAUAGUUCUGCAUUCGAGAUCGUGAGCACAUGGCUGGCCCAUGGUCAGGGGUUCGCAGGAAUGAAUCCGUUAGCACCUGGCCCAUGUGAAAACCAGGUUCCUUAUCCAACUCCCAUCUCUGAAACAGGGACUUGCGCCGGUCGCACGUUGAGAGAGGUGUUCUGUUCCUCGCAGCGGUUGUUAGAAAUCUUGGGUCAAUUGCAAUUCAGUCUCAUGGUUGAAAUGAACCCUUAUCCUUCGCCCAUAAUCACCCCACCGGAGAGACCAUCUACUGCAGUCUCAGGUGGGGACAGCGGGUCCCAUGGGUUGCCGAAUGGUUCGGGUAUCGCGGGCCGGUCCGCCCCAUGCCCGAACUCGGGAAAUGGGACCAUGCAGGUCAUCCAUUAUUUGGUCAUGGCUUGCGAGGCGCUGCUAUUGGAGAUCUAUGUGGCGGUUCUUGUCGCCCUGCAGCAUGAGGCAUACUCGUCGACUAAUGGGACUGUCCUCGGAGAUGUACGGCUGGUGUUGGUAGUAGAGCUCUGUUCUUACCUUAUCGAGCGCCAGCUCCAAGCCGUGGACUCAUACCUGGCACCUCAGAGUCGUCUGAACCCCAACAUGAUGGGUGGAUCGGCUCCUGGGAAGUUCGAUAUUCCUGGGGGGCCAGAAAGUCUUGAUAAGGAUAGAGACAUGUUGAACGACCUCAGGAACCAGGUGCAGGAGAGACUCGGACACCUUCGACAAAUCUUGCGUUGUAGAUGA